CCAGAUGCAGCAAUUUCUUGACAUGGAGAACCAAGCCCAUAAUACAAUGGGAGCUUCUCCUUGUGAGGCCGAACUUCAGGAAUUAAUGGAACAAAUUGACAUCAUGGUAAACAACAAAAAAUUGGAUUGGGAAAGGAAAAUGCGGGCUUUGGAGACACGAUUAGAUCUUCGGGAUCAAGAGUUGGCAAAUGCACAGACUUGUUUGGAUCAGAAAGGUCAAGAGGUGGGGUUACUUAGACAGAAGUUGGAUAGUCUGGAAAAAUGUAACUUGGCAAUGAUGCGAAAUUAUGAAGGACAACUGCAAACCCUGAAAGCUCAAUUUUCCAAACUGACGAAUAGCUUUGAAAAACUGAGGCUACAUCAGAUGAAACAAAGCAAAGUUCGGCGAAAGGAGUCACCACACCCCAAAGAAGAAAUACCCUUUGAGCUGAGCAAUUUGAACCAGAAAUUAGAGAAACAGGCACAAAGUUACCAAACUCAACUAAGUGGUAAAAAACCGUGCACAGAAGACAGCAGCUCAGAAGAUCCUCGGUUGAUGUGUGAACCAGAUCACAGUUGCGAAACCAGUGAAAGAGAUGAGUUCAUUAUUGAAAAACUAAAGUCAGCUGUGAGUGAAAUAGCAUUCAGCAGGAAUAAGUUACAGGAUGAAAACCAGAAGCUCUUACAAGAACUGAAGAUGUACCAAAGACAAUGCCAGGCCAUGGAAGCAGGACUCUCAGAGGUGAAAAGUGAGUUGCAGUCACGUGAUGAUCUCUUGAGAAUUAUUGAAAUGGAACGAUUGCAGCUGCACAGAGAAUUAUUAAAAAUAGGAGAGUGCCAAAAUACUCAAGAAAAUAAAAAAAGAGUUGAAUCCUCUUAUUCACCUUCUACUAAAGAACUAGAAAGGAAAAGGAAAGAGCUGUUCUCAGUGACCCUAGAUCAACAAAAUCAUGAAAAAGAAUUGAAUAAGAUAAGAAGCCAACUCUAUCAGGAGGAAGAGUACCAUGGCUCUGAGCAGGAAAGAAUGAGGAAUGAAAUCUCUGACCUAACAGAGGAGCUCCAUCAGAAGGAGAUCACUAUAGCAACUAUCAUGAAGAAAGCUGCCCUUCUGGAAAGACAGCUAAAAAUGGAGUUAGAAAUAAAAGAAAAAAUGUUAGCAAAACAACAGGUCUCAGAUAUGAGAUAUAAAGCUGUCAGAACUGAAAACACACAUCUGAAAGGAAUGAUGGGCGAUUUAGACCCUGGACAGUACAUGAGUAUGGACUUCACUAACAGGGAACAUUCAAGGCAUACAUCUAUUAACAAACUAGAAUAUGAGAAUGAAAGGCUCCGAAAUGAUCUUGCAAAACUUCGUGCCAAUGACAAAUCAGCAUGGGCUAACCAAAAUACCUAUGAAGAAAUGGGACGAUACACCUAUCAAAACCAAAUAAAAAUGGAAAAACAUGAAGAUAGACUUAGCCAAGAUCGUGAGCCAAACAGAAGUGCAACGCCUCCACUGCCACCUUUGCCAUUUCAAACCAAAGAAAUGACGAGUCCCCUGGUUAGUGAUGAUGAAGUGUUCCCACUGUCUCCCCCAGAUAUAGUCUUCCCAGCCUCUUUGGCUGCACAGCAUUUUCUCCUGGAGGAAGAGAAGCGAGCAAAAGAAUUUGAGAAACUUCUAAAUACACAUAUUGAUGAACUGCAAAGACAUACAGAAUUUACUCUUAAUAAAUACACGAAGCUAAAACAAAAUAGACACAUAUGAGCUUUUAAACUCUUUCAUUUGCUUCCCCCACCCCAAGAAAAAAAAGCUCUGGCAAAAUAUUGACAAAGCUGAAUAAUGAAACUGAGAAAUUUUGUUCUGUUUUCUUAAGUAAAUCGUUUCUGUCAGGUAGCCAGAAAAUAGUAAGUAUUUUGUUCGAUAAAGCUGUUUGUAUUUCUACAUUUACAUAAUAAAUUGUUUGGCUCUAGAGUUACUAUAAGAUAAACAUGACUACAAAAGAGAUUUUUUUUCCCCAGUCUAAGGAAUAUUGUGGAAUUAAAUAGGGGUUUUUAUCCCCACUUGAAUCAUGUAUACUGAAUACCCAUUUCCUCUGUAACAACACAAAACCAGGGGAAGGGAAUGUCACAUUUCAAAUAGCACACUGAGUGCGGCUCUGUUGUACUAGGUUUGAAAAGUCAAGGAUUUUUAAAAAUGAGAAGCAUUAUUUUGAGCCAUGUGAACAUCCUAAAAUUUCUUUUAGAAAAAAAAAAAAGCAUAGCUUUACUGGUUCUGCAUUCAUCCUUGUAAUGUUUUAACACAACUUUUUAACACAAUAACACAACACAGUGGAAUGUGCUAUUUACACACUUAAAUAUGUGUGCCAGCCAGAGAUUAGUGCUUUCUUGUUAGUACUAAUUACUUCACGGACACGAACAAGAUAAAGAAGAUAGAAAACAUUACUGUUGUUACAAUCCUCUUUGUAAUACCUCUGUUUUUAAUACAAUAAAGGAAUACAAAGUUCUGUGGACUGAAAACAUAAAUGCUCAAUCUGUAUACAACAGUAAUAGCACCG